UUGUCAACGCCGUCUCUCACAAUAGAGAACUUUACCUUGGCGCCAUAAACUCCAGCUGUACGAUUGUGGAAAUGGCAGCCCGAUGAGUUAGUACGAAUUAUUCUCGAAGAUUGACUGUCGAAACACUAUUGCUUGUAUACGUGAUGCAUAUUUUUUACGUUACCGAGAAAUAAUUAGUGUUGCUAGGUGACAUCGUGUGGUGAUAUAUUCACAUUGAACAUGUGGUUCUGUUUGAUAAAAGAAUUUUCUUGCAAAUUCAAGAAUUGGCUGUACUUUUUGGUGCCUGAUUGCUAGUUUCCACGAGACAGUUUCACGUUCACAUUGACGUUUGGGCUGGGGAAAUUUUCACGAAUGAGCAACUUUUUAAUAAGAAAAUUUAGUGCUGCCUGGAUAUGUUUGCUGAUUAAUGGCCAUGCUGAUCUCUUGCAUCGAUACAAACUUUCAAGACUUAAGUUUCCAGCAACAGAACCAAGCCAUGCAGACUUUACUUGUUUCAACGAUAAGAGAAUUGCGGUCAAUGUAAGGAAAUGUACGGCGAUUACUUUGAAGGGCAACGCUUGCGCCGAGUUCUGCUUGGCCAGCUACAAGCCAUCAGCGAUGAUCAGUGGCUGGGCACCGAUGCCUGACUGCAACGAGCCCGAAACGGUGGAUCAAUUCCUCAAACUGUCGCUGAUGCCUCAAUCGGACGGCCCAUCAGCCCAGCAGCUGAUUGACGAUUCAGUACUUGUCGAUCAAACGGGUGACGGAGGUGGUUACAGGGCGCCCAUCAGUCAAGCUCUAAUAGGUCCGUCUUACUCGGGCCGUUUGGGUCGUAAACCGUCGUCUGCCCAGCAGAACACGUUCUACAGUAGCAGAACUGGCGCUGAAUUCAAAGGUCACAAUCAGUUGUUGAAAAAUCGCAAGUGGAAGAAGCGCAUCAACGGUAGCAAACCGUUGGCCAGCGCUCUGUCGAUGCCUCGUUGGUAUUUCGUUUAGGUCUCGACAUUUCUUUUAAUUUUAUUAUUAUUAUUAUUUAUUUAUUUUUUGGUGGGGGGGUUUUGCUGUGUGCAUUUCUCCAUGACGAUUGAUUUUUGCUGGAUGUUGCUGUCAAAAUGUCUGUGUCUUCUUCCGAUUCGGUUGUUCUUGCAUUUUCCGAAUUCGUACGUUUCCACAAAUGAAAACAAGAAACAGUGAACAAGCUAGUCUUUGACUUGCUGCGAAAUAAAUACAUUUAUUGUACGUAGAA